AUUGAAAUAUUCUAUUUACUUUCUCCAAAUGAGAAGAAUCUUUCUAUGAAAUGAUUUCUAACCAUAUAAUAAAAAUCGAUUUGGGGAAAUUCUCUAAGGCUUUGAGUUUUGUAAAUUGGCUAUGCUAGUUGGAACUAGUGGAAGCGCUAAUGACGAGUGUAUAGGUUCUACUUAAGUGUUUGUUUGACGAUAGAGUAUAUACGGGACAAAUGACAAAUAAGAUCUCCAUAGUGAACUCUGAACCUCUUCAUAUGUAUAUAAUGCCAAAAUUUUAGUUUGUACUUUUAUGAUAACUAAUGAUAAUUAAACAUCAGAGUUUGUCAUCGCUUUCUUUCAAAUAUUCCAGUUUAAUGAACAUUCAGGUGCUAGGGUUAUCGAUUUUAAGGCUUACAUAUAACCAAUGCUACAAAUAGCUUAACUCGCAAUGUAACAAAUUCGUACGAGUUAAAAAUGUUCGGAAAAGUAUUUUUUGAAGUUCUGUUCGAUUCGUAGCACUAUCAAUGUAUUCCCGCGACUGGACAAAGUUCGCAACUCAUCGGUUUUAUCGCGUUUCCUUUGUGGCUUCCGCAGCGUGACCGCCAACCAUUGCUGAUAUCUAAACUGUCGAAGCUCAACAAAACAAUUUCAAUUGCCAAGAACCUAAUGUAGUCGCAAGUUUAUUUUAGUUGUCUUCAUUCUUUUUGUGAUGUCUUGCGCCUGGCUAAAUAUUAUUUUGAGAAAUUUCUUGAGGUGUUCGUAUUUAAUUUAUUUCCAUCAUUAGUCUCAUUCAAUUAAAAAUCAGCUUUAAGACAAUCUCUGCUGUCAGUUUUUUUGCGUAGAAUCCUACCUUCCACAUCUUGUGUUCGACAAAGUUGUCAAACUCGAAAACUCAACGUUGACAAACAGAGAUAAAGUGAUUUAUCUUCGUGUAAUUGUCACCUUGCCAAAGUCCGCCAUCGGCGGCGCCCGCACCUAUCUUCAGUCGAGUGCGUUCCUUAGUGGGAAGUGUAUGGCGCGCGAUGUGUUUACAUUUUCGGCUGCUGUGUGGUGCUCUCUGGUGGCCGGUGCUGGUACGAUGCGCCCGCGCCGCACGCAGCUACGACGACGGCUAUGAUCAGCAACUCAAAGAUGAACUUGGAGAGGUUGUGGCCGAGCUGGAGGCUCUGGACGGACAGGAGGAGUGCAAACAGAAUAGCAAAGCCAAACAGAUGAGCAUAGGCAGAAAGAAAUUCAACAUGGACCCUAAAAAAGGAAUCGAGUACCUUUACGAGAACGGGCUGCUACAGAGGACGCCGGAGGACGUGGCCCAAUUCCUGCACAAAGGCGAAGGCUUGAGUAAAACUGCCAUUGGGGAUUACCUGGGCGAGAGGUCGGAUUUCAACGAGGCGGUGCUAAGGGCAUUUGUCGAACUACACGAUUUCACGGACCUCAUACUAGUUCAAGCACUUAGACAAUUCCUAUGGAGCUUCAGAUUGCCAGGCGAGGCGCAGAAAAUCGACCGCAUGAUGGAGUGUUUCGCCCAGCGGUACUGCCAACUGAAUCCCGACAUCUUCACGAACGCCGACACGUGUUACGUGCUCAGUUUCGCCAUUAUAAUGCUGAACACAUCCCUACACAAUCCCAGCGUGAAGGAGAAACCUACGCCGGAACAGUUCGUCGCCAUGAAUAGAGGGAUCAACAACGGUGGCGACCUUCCUCAGGAGUUGCUCUUGUCAUUAUACGAGUCUAUAAAGACGGAGCCAUUUAAGAUUCCUGAGGACGACGGCAACGACCUGAUGCAUACCUUCUUCAACCCGGACAAGGAGGGCUGGCUGUGGAAACAAGGCGGCAGGUAUAAGUCGUGGAAGAGACGGUGGUUUAUACUGAAUGACAACUGCCUGUACUACUUCGAAUACACGACGGAUAAGGAGCCCAGAGGCAUCAUACCAUUGGAGAACAUAUCUGUGCGGGCGGCGAGCGACCGCCAGCGGCCGCACUGCCUGGAGCUGUACGCCAGCGGCGGCGCCGACCUCAUCAAGGCCUGCAAGACCGACUCCGAGGGGAAGGUGGUGGAGGGGAAGCAUACUGUCUACAGAAUGUCAGCGUCAACAGCGGAAGAGAGAGACGAAUGGAUCGAGUGUCUCCGUCGCUCCAUCAGCCACAAUCCGUUCUACGAUAUGCUCGCUCAGCGUAAGAAGAAAGCGCAACACAACUUGCAUUCGAGCUCACACUAGUUUCUAUAACCACAGGGUUCAAUAUUGGUUCAAUCGCAAACAUACAUUGCGUGAACUUUGGACUCUCAAGAUACUAAUGUUUUUGAUUUGGUUUGAUGCCGUUAAAAUGAGCCUCUUGAUCUAUUCAAACUAUUCUCCAGGUCAAAGUGUGGUUCUACAAUCGUGAUUAAGCCCUUUCACCCUAAAAUAUUAUAAUAUUUCUGGCUUGAUGCCGUAAUGAAGAAGAGUCCUAAUCAACACAACUUGUCAGUCCAUGGCUAUAAAUUUCUAUGUUCAAAUAUGACGAGGGCGUUUUGCUUUGAACCCCAGAAAAUGAUAUUUUUGGCUUGAUGCCAAAGGAAUUCUUAUUAAAUAAGUGCAAUUAAAGUAAGAGAACCUGCUAUUUUGCCGGGCAAUAAAGACACAAGGAGAGAAAAAUCAUCAUCUGCAGAUUUAAAACGAGGGGAACAGUGGUCUAUUGGCAACAAACAUAUGAUUGAUGUUAUCAUUCAACGCAAAUUUUAGGUUCAAUUUUAAUACAAAGUUACUAUCCUUACUUUUUAAAUAAGUAGUGUAAUGUUUACAAGUUGUAUCAGACUCGAUUAUGAUAUGAUAUGAUUAAAAACAUGACGAAGACAAACUUGCUGCGUUGAUCUCAUUAGUGCAGAGAAGUAAAAAGUCAAUUUAUACGAAAUGUAAAAUAACUUGUACAUGACAUCGUUAUGAUAAGCGGUAAUAUGUAACGAUUAUUUUAACGAAAUAAUGUUAGCGAUGCAUUCGUAAUAAGAUCUGCGACGAAAUUGUAGGUCUUUUUAAUAGCAGUUUUUAUUCGGAUGCGUUCUCACAGAAGUAAAUAGGAGAAGUUCUAUUAUCCAACCAGGUAAUGUUCGCAAGAACGGCACGCUGUGAUUGGUUGAUUGAGAAAGUGUUAUAUAAUGAAAGCGUGCAUCGAUAGUAGACGUAACAGUAAAUUAAAAUUACUGUCACUUUAUCUGCGUAGGCCAAAACGUUUUAUAUGUGAUUAGUGUUACUAAUGCUACAUGAUAGGAAUUAAAACACCAAAAAUAUAGUAAUAUUAGUUAAUUUUUAACAUCGAAGGCCUCGAAAUAUCAAUGAUUUUGUAUCAAACAUCAAUAUGUAUGGUGACAUAAGAAAUAGUCACAAACAACACGAUAUAAAGACGUCCAUCUAAGUGUAUAAUUUAUUGAUUUGACUUAGUGAGUAGUCAGACUUCUAUGAAAUGUGAUAUUUACAGCCAUAGGUAGUGAUCACGGAAGUACGUAAUAACUGGAAGCUUAGCUCACUUUUAAAAAAUGUGUAUAGCGUAACUGACCUUGGAAUUUUACGAUUCCCCUCUGUCUCUUUCUAAUUAAAAUUACAACAUUAGUAAAAGGCGAAGGGGAAUUAAAAUUGUUUCAUCUUUGUCUAAUUGGCCUUAUUAAAUAAAAAUGUCGUGGUAAUUUUUUUUUGUAUAAUUUUAAUUUAUGUAGGAGUAAGGCUUCCAGUUUAUAUUAUUUCUGUGGUAAUGAGUGUCGCGGUGUGCGUCGUUUUCACAUCGUAAAAUAAUACAUCAAGACGACGUUCGUCGAUACAUGUCCAUGUAAAUAAAAUGGUAAGACUGAAAAACGUAAUAAUGUACUUUUUCAUACAUUAUUUUCCAUCCGGAAUGGAAAAUCCAUCGCACAUACUGUUGUUAUGAAUAUCGUUGUAGGUAUUUGAAAUUAGCAAACAAUAUCGAUUAUAUUCUUGUUAAUAUGGAGGCAGUUAUGACAACUUAAAAAAAAAAUCAUUACAAUAGGGAAUAAAUUAUUUAUGAUGCAAUAUUUCCAGAAUAAUUUAAAAAGAAUUUAAAACUUCUAGAAAUAUUUUCUCUCUUAUAAGGUUAAGAUUCUGAGAUUGAAGAAAAAACCUAGUUCCUUAGAUUUUGUUGCAUGACAACAGUAUGUGUGUCUGAAUGUGGGCAUAGCGUAUGAUUUGCCAAUACUGCCAAAUUUUGUUUGCGACGCGUUUACUUCAAUUUUUUAAUACAUUUUUCCAAUAGUGGUGACAUGCUUGUAGCCUUGACAAUAAAUAUGUUUUUGCCGAUUUGCGGCAAUAAUGUUUUUAAUUAUUCGUAUUCAAUGAAAGUAUUACUUUGGUAGUAUCAUGUAAAAAAUUAAUGUAAAGUAAUGUAAAAAAUACCAUAACUAUUGUAAGUACAUUGCCAUCGCUUUUACUUUCUUUCGAGAGUGUGAAUAUGGCUUUAUUAGAUUUAAGUAAGUGUUAUAUUGUUUUUGUAAGAGGCACUCCUAUAUUAGAUUGAUUACAUUCCUUCAUCUGGUCCUAAAAAUUAAUUUAACUGUAUUCCUCUUUCUUACGCUCAUUAAAUUAAACUAUUGUAUCAAAAUAUUCUGUAUAUAAUGUAUCUUCAUAAUUUUUUUCAUAAUCAUAUUUCUAUCUAUUUAAUGUGGGUAAACAAAAUAUGUGUUUAAUGUAUGUUUUUCAUGUAAGAUUUGUAAUUAUUAGAUAUAUAUUUCAUGUUGGUAAUUCAUAACAAGUUAACGUUUUGUAUUUCCAGUUAUAUGGAGGAUAUCUUUAACAAUUUUAAGUACCCAGUAGUUAUUAUUUAAAACGCUAUUAUACUAGCGUUCACUGAAAUAACUGUAACAUGAAUUUUACCCAGUAAUAAACCGAAAUAUUUUUUUCGUUUGUUCCAUUUGAAGCACAUCACACCUAUAUUAGAAAAUUCUUAGUUUCAGACCGUUAUCAAAAUAAUUUCUUUUUUAAUCUGUUGGGAGCCGUCCAAACAUGAAUCAUUUAAAUUGAGUAGCUUCUCUUUAACAAACCUUUUAGAUCAACACAAAACGAAUCCUAAUACGGCGAGCAAAAGUAUUUCCUAUAAUUUGUUUAUUUCCGUGGUUAUAGAUUGAAAAACGAGAUUCUGUCUGAUCUUUUAAAUUGUAUGAAAAAAUAUUUUAUUUUUAGUGCAAUACAAUAUUAAAAUGUCAAGGCGCCGGGUUACACUCGCAGCAAGACGCAAGCAUCAGCGCCAUAAUGGAAUUCGUUAUUUUAUAGUGGAGUUUGCAAAAUUUUCUUUCGAGCUAGCAACAAUGUCAUAGAAUUUAAACCUGAAUGUUAUCUUUUAAAGGUGCCUAAUAUUGAUCUGUAAUUAGUUUUAGAGUUUUAGUUAGUGUACCUAAUAUAAUUUAAUGCUGUAUAUAGUCGCCUUGAAAUGUUAAUUUAUCUCAUUCGUAAUGUUUUAUAUGACAAUGGAUAUGUGCAUAAUAAUUGUGUUGUAAAUAAUUUUGUAAGAAAAUGAAUAUACAUUAAUAUCUUUAUUUA